GGAGCCAAAAUCCGAAACUGCUGCAAGGAACGGAGAAUGCAAAUGAAGGGAAACCCUUUCUACAAACUUUACUGAAACCCUUCAGAAUGCACCAUUUCAAGCCUGUUUAAAGGGAGCCCUCUGCAGCUAGGAAUCGCACAGAACUGGACAACAAUGCUUUGCAGGGAAACAUCUGUUUGAGAUUCAGCAGUUUUCCUACUGGCUAUCAGGAUCCUAUUGAAGGGAUUUGUACUUCUGAUGCAACGUAGAGAAAGCUUUAAUCAGAAGUCCCAGAGAAUCACCGGAGGCUCAAUGGCAACGGAAGCUCUGCAGCUGUGUGCCAAGUUUUUGAACUGGAUCAAGGGAAGAGAGGCCAAGUUCAUUCCUGGCUCCACCAUGAUCUUCCUGGUUCUGUUUGUCUGGACUGUGCCUUGCAUAGCUAACCAUCUUCUCAGUAGCUUUGUAAAAGCUGAAAAUCAGAAAGGCUCUCGGCAACUUGUAUGCAGCAUGCCAGGGCCACAAGGCCCUCCAGGCCCUCCAGGAGCUCCAGGUUCCCCUGGCACUAUAGGAAGGAUGGGCUUCCCAGGAAGAGAUGGACAGGAUGGAAAGGACGGGGAGAAAGGAGAGGUGGGAGAUGAAGGUCCAGAAGGCAAAGCAGGAAACUCAGGCAAGCCAGGGCCAAAAGGAAAAGCAGGAGCCAUUGGCAAAGCUGGUCCUCGUGGUCCAAAGGGUCUGAAAGGAAAUGCUGGGAAAAGUGGAGGACCAGGAAAGAAAGGCCCCAAAGGAGCACGGGGUGACAUUGGGAUGCCAGGCCCCUGCAGCUGUGGGGCCACUAAAGCCAAGUCAGCCUUCUCUGUGGCAGUGACCAAAAGCUACCCAAGGGAAAGACUGCCCAUAAAGUUCGACAAGAUCCUAAUGAAUGAAGGUGAGCAUUACAAUGCUUCCAGUGGGAAAUUUGUAUGCAGUAUCCCUGGCGUCUACUACUUUACCUAUGAUAUCACUUUGGCCAAUAAACAUUUGGCUAUUGGGCUGGUGCACAAUGGACAGUACCGGAUAAAAACAUUUGAUGCCAACACUGGUAACCAUGACGUAGCUUCUGGGUCAACUAUUCUUUCUCUAAAACAAGAUGAUGAGGUCUGGCUGCAGAUCUUCUACUCUGAACAGAAUGGACUCUUUUAUGAUCCCUACUGGACAGACAGCCUUUUUACUGGCUUUCUGAUAUAUGCUGAUGAGGAUUACGUCAAUGAAAUAUAAAGAGAGACUCCAUUGCCAACAAAUCCUAAUAAGAAACUGAGCAUGAAAAAACGGUAUAGCUACAAUGUACAUACAGCUGUGAAACAGCCCUCUUUCUGCAGUGGCAGGCCUAAUAUGGACUGUGGCCCAAAGUCCCUGCUACAAUAUUUAUAGCCAGAUAAGUUGUCAAAGGCUCGGUUCAGACAUAACACAAAUCCCUAGUUUAUUAACUAUGGUUAGUUUGUGAAGCCCGAAUUUGGCUUACAGAAGACUGCUGAAAAUGCUGGUUUGCUCCACCCACAAAAAUGCUGGUUUCAUUGGCCUUUUUUCCCCCCUCUUCGCCGACAGAAACCUGGCUGGUUUGCAUUGCAGCAAAGACUGCACUGGGAACAAGCUAGAAGUAAGCCAGGAUGUCCACAUUUUUAUGUCUUACAAAACUUUAUUUAAAACUAAUUGCGGUUAGCCAACCAACUUCAACCAUGGUCUCAAAUUCUAGUUUGAUAAGUAACCAUAGUUAGUGGAGCAUCCUGUGUUCUAACAGCCACUAACUACAGUGAUGUGUAUCCAGUCACCCACAGGCUGCUUCUCUCCUUGUUGUAGCCCACUGAGCCCC